AUGUCGAACGAACCACACGAACCCAACAAGCGCACCCGGGCGUCCGGGGAGCUCUUGGACUACUUGUUGAUGGAGUUCGACAACAAUCCCAACCCGUCGAACGAGGCCAAAAAGGCAAUUUCCGAAAAGACUGGCUUGCCUGAGAAGUCCGUACGGAUAUGGUUCCAGAACCGUCGCGCAAAGGCGCGAAAGCUCGAGAAACGUGGCAGCGUGGACAGCACUAAGCGUACGCGUGGAAGCAACGCGUCGGACGAUGCGGGCCACUUUCUAGCGCUCAAUGAGCUCCCAGUGCAGGUCAACGAUAGUUAUUGCUUUAUUGAAUGCAGUACACUCAGCGUGGGCAACUGGCAGCGUGUGAAGUCAGGGUUCAUCAGCCCUAGUGCCCUCGCUUUGCUCAUGAAUCUCUCGCCAUUGGUACUCACGGACGUGUUGGAGCGCUGCGAUUUGCUCAUUCUCCUUUCGCGCAAGAACCACGAGAUCAACUACUUCUUCUCUUCCUUUUUUGAGAACAAGAAGAUUCUCUUCCGCAUCUUUUACCCGAUUGCGUCUGUCAUCAAUUCGUCGCUAUUGGAAAACCAAACCGAAGGCGAGUAUGUCACGACCGAGUUGCGCCUCUCGCUCAAUGCACCACCGAAGUUCUGUGUGUACUUCAGCAACAAUGACACAAACAAGUGGUGUAUCUGUGAGGAUUUCAGUGAAAACCAACAGGUGAAGAACGCGUACAACGGGGGUAACGGCACGGGCGAUCCGCACGCGUUGGUGGGUAGCAAAAAUGCGUUGCAGUUUUUAAGCGCAUACAUCAUCGAGCACAACAACAACCAGCAGCUGCAGCAUCCAAACAACCUUAAUAUCAAAUUGGACGGGUAUGAGGCUCCGUUCGACGCGUCCGCGUAUAUGGAGUCGCCAAUGGGCAUGCCCGCGAAGAUGCCAGUGAUGGACUUUGCGCAGUUCCAAAUCGAGACGCGCGACAGCCCCGCUAUGCGCUACACGAACGAGUACGAGGCGCGGCAGAAGCACGCAUUGAAUAUUCAUUCGCCAGGGAAUCUCGAAGAUAUUCCGAACCUUGAAGACAAUCUUCCUCUCGACAAUCUUCCCCUGAACCUAGACAAUUCGCAAAAUCUUGAUAAUCUUCCCCUGACUCUCAGCCUUCCCCAGAACGUCGAAGAUCCGCUCAUGAUGGACGACUUCAAUGACGGUGACGACUUUAUCACCGAGCGCGCCGGCUUGAACCCACAUCCGUACACCCAGGCGUACGGCUACGACCAAAACUUUACUUUCACGUUGACCAACGACAACACCACCAUUUCGACGCCGGUGUCGCAUCCCACCGUGCCUAUCACCACCGGGCACUCCGGAUUGGGUGCGGAGACAGACUUUGCCUUUGUCCUAGACGACAAGCCGGAGAUGUACCCCGAGAACUACCUUGCAAAGGAACUGAAAGAGUUUGAGGCUAAGGACGAAAACGACAUGUUGAUGAGUGAGGAAGACGGCAUCUUGGGUGAGUUUGUGGGGCCCGCCGACGAUGACAUGAUGAAAGACGAUGUAGAUGAGUGGUUUUGA